AUCCCGCUGUAAAACUUGAAAACAGUCGCAAGACUGAGAAUUUGCUAUAUUUUUCAACUCAUAAAAUGUUUGAGGCAGAGCCAGAUCGAAUCCCAAGCAGUUUUAAAUUGCUAGGCUGGCUUCAAGAACUAUUUUCCCAACCAAUUGAAAUUCCCAAGAUGAUAUAUGAAAUUUACAUUCGACCAAACCUUCCUGAGCAAGAUUCGAAUAAAUUUUUUAGAAGUUCAGAUGAGUUCUCCUUUCGAGUAAUGAGUAAUAUCAUCACUAUAAUUAACUCACCCACAACUGGCAAUACCAAAGAUUUUUUUCACUCAUUUUGGGAUGCGCUCAUCAUAAAACCCAUUAAUAUAACAUGCCCUAACGGAAAAUAUAAUCGAAAUUCGUCUUCUAAUACAUCUACAAAAAAGCUAUGUCCCGACUUUUUAUAUACGUUAGAUGGUGCCUGUCUCACAAGAGGAAAAGAAAAAGGUCCAAACACUGAUAACGAUCCAGCAGAGAAAUUGACAUCAAAGUUAAUAUGGACGUACGGGUCUUAUCCCUAUAUAUUCGGUUACUAUGCUUGUGGCUUUGAUGUAACUUACUGUUAUUUAUACAAUGAAGAUAAUCAAAAGAAACAUUGGUUGAUUAUUACCCUUAUUCGUAAAGGCCUUGGCAAUUCUUUUCACAAAGAAUUUUAUAUAAUUCAUCAACCAAAUUCUCAAAAGAUAAUUGAACUAAUGCAAAAUGUGGUGGUGAAACGCUACACUAGCAAAGCAGAUUUUCCUGCGAAACUUGAGAAAAUUUACCGUAUGAUGGAUGAUAGACAAGUUCCUUAUGUUGAUCACAUAGUUCAAAUGAACAAGAGAGAUAAUGAAAAGUUGCCAAAUAUUAUUUUUUCGCCAAAGGGGUUGAUACACAGACCAAGUUCGAUGAAGCAACUGGUAAUUGCUUUGUAUUGUGUUUUAUCGGCUCUAAAGAUCCAUUCUCCGGAAAUUUUUAAAGAUUUUCACGAUACAAGCGUUGAUAUGUGGUCCAUAGGAUAUUUAAUCAUGACGGCUCAUGUGGAACUUCCAAUAAAUGAAACAUUAAGAGAGUAUGCAAUGGAAUUGAUGAAAGAAGAUGCACACAUAUCAGCUAAAAUAGCUUUAGGUUUUCUUUGGCAAAAUUAUCAAGAAAUUCUUAUACAUGAGGGAUUUUUUCGAGUAACAAACAGAUAA